AUGGCCCCGCUCCCACCUCCCUCCCCGCUCCCGGAAUUCGUCUACAAGAUCACGCCCUCGGCCCCGCCCGACCCGAUCCCCGAGCAGUACCCGCUCUCGGACCUGGACCGGCAAGACGGCUUCGUGCACCUGAGCGCGGCGUGGCAGGUGCCCGUCACGGCCGACCUCUUCUUUCGCGACGCGCCGUCCUUCUACGUCCUCAAGCUGCGGCUGGCCAACUUUGCGCCCUCGAGCGUCAAGUGGGACGAGGUGGACGGCACCAACGGGUGUCCGCAUCUGUAUGGCAACUUUGGUGCGGGGGAUGUUGUUGCCAUGAGGGAGUUUACGCGUGGGGAGGGGCAGUCAUGGAAGGAGGUAUUGGAGGGGGAGAAGGCUUGGUUGGAGUGA